AUGACCGCCCCUGAUGAACACUUAGCCAAGUUUGACAACGUGACCACACUGCACCAAUACACAAACGGGGUAAAAUGUCGAGUUUUCCUUACCAUGUUGUCUAGAUCAGCGCAACGCUGGUUCAAGCGUUUGUCGAGCGGCUCGAUAGAUAGAUUCAAAGACUUCCGAGCGACCUUCCUAAAUCAUUUUGCUAGCAAUCACCGCCACCAGAAGACGAGCGUGAACUUAUUCUCAUUGAAGCAAGGGCCGCGAAAGGCCUUAAGGACAUAUAUCCAGCGCUUCAAUCAUGUGGCGAUCGACAUUCCGGCGGUCUCCUUGGAUGUAUUAGUAAACUCUUUCACUCAGGGGCUUGCUGAAGGAGAAUUCUUCUGGUCACUCAUCCGGAAGCCGCCGAAGAACUUUAACCAUCUACAGAAAAAGGCCAAUGAAUACAUCAAUGUAGAAGAAGCCUAG